AUGGGCUCCUCGAUAAUUAACAUUCAACGCGACUUUAUACUGAACACAAUCCGCAAUUCCGGUGGCGAUGAGUGGAAAGUCUUGGUGGUAGAUGAGACCAGCAAGAAAUUGGUCUACGGUGCUGUGAAGGAGGAGGAAAUUCUCAAUCUCAAUGUCUCCAACGUCGAGCAGCUCGAACAUCGACGACCGUCCAAUCCCGAUAUGGACGCGUUGUACAUAUUGUCCCCGGAAUCGUACGUGGUCGACUGUCUGAUGGCAGACUUCGAGGUGGGCCGAUACAGAAAGGCAUUCUUGGUGUGGACUUCAUCCCUCGAUCCGCAGCAGCGAGCUCGGAUUGACCGGUCCCAAAUAGCGCGCGAGCGCAUUGCGGACUUCUACACUAUGAACAUCAAUUUCUACCCCAGAGAAUCGCAUUUGAUCACAUUCCGGGAUCCGUGGAGCUUCCCAGUGCUCUUCCACCCGAGUUGCAACAAUUUGAUUCGGGGUCAUUUGGAAGAAUUGGCUCAAAAGGUGGUAUCUCUUUGCGCUUCUUUAGGCGAAUACCCUAUAAUUCGGUACUAUCGGCCCCGAUCUCCGACUCACGAGGCUGGAGUUAUGUGUUCUCACUUGGCGCGUUUCAUUCAGAACGAAUUGGAUCAGUUCGCGCAGCAUCAGCGUGACUUUCCGCCUCAAACAAACCGCCCCCGAGGCGUACUGCUCGUAGUAGACCGUUCCAUGGACCUGUUCGCGCCCCUCAUUCACGAGUUUACAUACCAGGCUAUGGUCCAUGAUCUUCUUCCUGUCACGGAUGGAGACAAGGUUACCUACAAAACGGUUUUGAACCAGGGAAACCAAAAUGAGGAGGUCAAGGAGAUGGAAAUUGGCGAGCAUGAUCGAGUCUGGGUGACCUACCGCCAUAUGCAUAUGAAGGAUGUGCUUGGGAAACUGGGCGAGGACUUUGCCAAAUUCCGAGCAGCGCACCCUCAGUUUGCAGACGAUAACGACAAGUCUAAUGUGAACACCAUCAAGGAUAUGUUGGGCGGACUGACAGAGUUCCAAGAGGGUAAAAGUGCCUACACGCUGCACCUCAACAUGGCACAAGAGUGUAUGAACUACUUCCAGUCCCGCAAACUCUUGGAAGUGAGCUCCACCGAGCAGUCAUUCGCCACGGGCCUGGAUGAGAACUACAAAAAGGCAAAGAACCUAGCAGGGCAACUCGUGCAGCUCCUCGAUGACGACUCAGUCGUACAACCAGAUCGGCUUCGACUCAUACUUUUGUACAUCAUGUAUCGCGGCGGAUUGUUAGGUGGUGACAUUCGCAAACUCAUGGCGCAUGCUGGACUCCCGCCAAAAGACGGCGGGGUGAUUGCCAACCUCGAACUCCUUGGAGUUCGUAUCGAGAAGCCUCUCAAGGAUGAAAAGCCACCAGUGCAGCCCCUUUUCACCCGACGAAACCCACCACCCGAAUCAGAGGAGCUCAGCCUGAGCCGGUAUGAGUUAGCUAUCAAGCAGAUGCUUGAAGAUCAGAUUCAGGGCAAUCUGGACGCGACUACCUUCCCCUUCACACGUCCACACACCGAGACUGACGGCGCCAUAGCUGCCCAGGAAAUACAGUCACAGCAGGCCUCUUUGCGCAGCGCAAAACCCACCUGGGCGCGCACAAGAUCCGUCGACCAGCCUCGACAACGCAUAAUCGUCUUCAUGGCCGGUGGUGCUACCUACGGCGAGUCACGAGCUUGUUAUGAAGUCUCAGCGGCAUACAACCGGGACGUCUACCUUGCCACGACGCACAUGCUGACCCCAGGUCUCUUCCUCCGCCAGGUAGGCGACCUUGGUGUUGACCGGCGUCGUCUCGACCUCCCAUCCGAGCGCCCCAAACCUACUGCCCCGGCCCAUCUCUUCGAGCGCGAGGCUCCCCCAGCCCCCAAUCCGCCGCCACAGAAGAAGCCUGUGUCAACGGCACACCUCAACCCCCCAGCUCCGCCAGAGGCGCUGAUGGCUGGUAUGUCUCUAAACGGAAGCAGAAGCAGCCCUGCCUCAUCUGGCAGCGGGAAGCCUGACAAGAAAGAUAAGGACAAGAAGGAGAAAGAGAAAAAGGAGAAGAAGGAGAAAAAAUACCGUUUCUUCAAGUAG